UAAAUUAAGCAAAAAUAAGUUAAGUUUAGUAAAAUGAACUUCAGUUCAUAAAAAAUAAGGUGAAAUGAACAAGGUCUAAGACGGGUUGAAGUUACUCUAAAAAUAUUUAAAGUUACCCUUUUAUACAAAAUAAUUUAUCAUUUUAUAACAAAAACUUUACCCUCUUAAAAAAUACUUACCUCUAUUAAUUUUUUUAGUUGACACGUGUUCCUUUUAAGUAGGGGUACUAAAAAAAACCCGAUCCGAUGACCCGUUCAAUAUCCGAUGGGAAAUUUAGGAAAAUUGCCUGUUAUCCAGGUCGGGACAUGGACCGCAUUUUUUAAUUAUCGGGUACCCGCUUACCCGAUAAUAACUUAAUCUCUACAUAAAAAAAAAACUCUCCCUCAAACUGAGCCCAACCCAUUUAGAGUUUAGACAUCCAAUUAGGGUUCUCUCUCUUCGUAUCGUAUUUCUAACAUUUGGUCCAAAAAAAAACCAUAGUAAAUCUCCCAACACUUGUCCACGGAUCUUUCUCCUAGAUCUGCAAUCCCACAGUACACCAAUUCCAUCUCCCCCAAUUCAUGACCAUUCAUCUGAAUCAAUCCAAUCGACGAGUUUAACAAGUCAGUGACUCAGCCAUGGCGAACAUCUCCGGCUUGGUGUCGAUUCGAGUCCCCUACAAACACCUCAAGCAAGCUGCUGAGGUUAAAUUGGUAGAUUUUGAUCAUAAUUCGCUGGAAAAUCAUUCACCUGCAUUUGUCGGAUUUGAGAUCGAAGAAGUAUAGUUUGCUGAAAUUGAUACUGAGUUGUACGGUUGCCGUCGGUGUUCAGUUUGGUUGGGCGCUUUAGCUUUCUCUUCUCACUCCAUACAUUAAGAACGUUCUUUGGACCGAUGGAUUUUAGAUGGCAAGUUUGCUUGGGUUUUGAUGCUGAAACACUGCAUUACACACCGGUCUAUCUUAGUUUAUAAUGGAGUUAUGAGCUUGCAAUGGUUGCAGAUGAAGUUCCUGAUAGAGCCUAAUGAGCCAGAAUCGGCUAGAAAUGAAAAACAGGAUCGUGUAAACAUUCAGUCGGGACUUAUCAAUAUAGGGAAUGCUGGCAAUCAACCGUGUACCGAAUCAGUAGGCAGAAUUAAUGGCCUAAAUAUCUUGCAUAUUGAUGCAGUUGAAGCAAACAAUACACAGGUGGAUGGUCAAGAUAUUGGAAGGCCACUUUCAGACCAGUGCAUGUUGUAUCAGAAGAGUACGAACCACCCAAGAACUAGAAAGCACAAACAAGCAAUCGCUUCUAUGUCUGAACCACCUACUCCUAUAAGAUUGAUUUUGAAAUUCCCAUAUCACGGAAGCAGCUACUGUUCCUUCUCAAAAGCGGGUGAUGAAACAACCUACUGCUAAAAAAACAAGUAAGCUUUGCUGACCAUAUUUACUUAAACGCUUGUUUUGCAUUGUAACAUACUAAUAAAUUGAUGCGGUGUUCACUGGAUGGAUAGCAGAACCUCCUGUUGCUAUGGUCGGCCUAAAAUUACCUGUUGCUUCUUUGAAGCUCAAACCACCUCAGUAUUGUAAGCACUGUAAUGCAAAAAAAUUCCAACACGAAUCACUUCAUUUCUGUUGUGGAAAUGGAUCUAUUGCAUUAGUCACUAAUGAUUAUCCUCCUGCAUUAUAUAGACUUUUAACAUCUGAUGACGAUGAUGCACUGCACUUUAGACAAUAUAUCCGUUUAUAUAAUAAAUUAUUUGCAUUUAGCUCUUUGGGUGGAAAAUAUGAUUUAGAUACACAAAAAGGAAUUUAUGUCUUUAAAUUGGAUGGUCAAAUUUAUCAUAACUUGCCUGAUUUAAUCCUUGGUGAUGAAGGUCCUAAAUAUUUGCAACUUUAUUUUUAUGAUGGCCAAUUUGAAGAAGCUGCUAGGGCAGACUGCUUUAAACAAAUUAGACAACAUAUUAUCAACAUACUUAUGGAGGUGACGGAGCAUAAUCCGUACGCUCGGUUUUUUAGAUCUUUGAGAGAAAUUGAUAUCUAGAAAGACACACAAAUUCUCAUUAACAAAAACACUAUUGUAGUCCAGCGAGUUUAUAAUGCUCCUACAACAGAUGAAGUAGCUGUAAUCUGGCCUGAUAAUACAUCGUCAAGCGAGUCCAAGAGCCCAUACAUUGUAAUAAGAGGAAGAUCAAACGAUUCUCAUCGUAUAUACCAUAAUUACGGAUGCUAUGAUCCUCUGUAGUACCCGCUCUUAUUUCCUUAUGGUGAUUGUGGUUGGAGUCAAGGUAUGACAAAAAACAAUUGUGCAUCUCAGAAGCAAAUAAACUCUGCUAUGUCUUCUACAAUACAUACAGAGGAAGAUGUGCUUGAACAAGAAGCAAGCCAUAAGAUUCAAAACUCAGUAACAACUUUGCUUCUUUUGAUCAUAACUCUUUUCCCUUCACUAUAUGCCUUACCUGACAUACAUUGCAACCACACUGAUUUAAGGCUUAGCAGAUGCAAGCGGUAGUUCAGCUAGGCAUAUUUCGCCUCGUGAAUAUUAUGCUUACAAGCUGCAGUCCCGUCCAAAUAACAUGUUUCUUCAGGCAGGCCGGUGUCCUCAGCAAUAUAUAGUCGAUAUGUAUGUGAAAAUUGAAAAUACUCGAUUAGACUUUUUCCAGCACAAUCAGC